GCACCACAAAGCGGCACAGCACAGCACAGCACAGCACAGCACAGCACAGCGCGUGACAGCCUAGCACAGCGCCUCACACGCGCAGACCCGGUGCUUUGUUGUCAGCGCGGUGCGCCCGAUAUGGGGACCGGCGACGAUCUGUUGAAAGCAACAGCAGUGCUGUCAGUAGCGUUGGCGGCUUUGCACCAGAUCCAAGAGGAGGAUGGUCGCCGGCGCACAGCACGCUCGGUAUCCUAUUGGGAUGCUGUGCUGUUCGACGAGGAUUCGGAGGACGAGGAGGAAGUCGUCGGCCCGAAAUUCAAGAGGACACGACGCGUCACGCAGCGGAGGGAUGACGUACAUCUGCCUGGUGGGAGCAGCAGCAGCGCAUCGGAGUAG